AUCAACGCCCAAUCGCCCAUCAGCAACUCCGCCCCUUCUUCCUGUUCCGUUCCGUUACCGGGGGCUAGAACUAACUACCUGUAUUUUGGGGGCUGUAGGGGCACUGUGCUAGCGACUGUUCCAGCGCUGUAGUGGUCGGGGUGCAGCAAGCAACUAGGCUACCAUCCCAGCGCAAAGAGCCAUUUACCGAGCCAACACACGCCGUCAGCCCGUCCGUCCCUUUUUUGCUGGUGACAAUGAAGACAGCCGCCUCUCCUUCUUCUUACAUUCUCCCCUGCCGUGCUUAGCUUCUGCCACGAAAAAAGAGGGCGUCGGCAAUCUCCUGUUGCUGCUGCUGCUGUCGACUAUCAUCCAUCAUUAGCCUUCACUCUCUCUCUCUCCCACACCCCCCUCCGCGCCAUUAACAUCCCCCUCUGCGUCUCUUUCUUGCAAGGGGCGCCUGUCUACUCUCUCUCUAAGAAACCGCCAGCGCAAGCCACUACGCCUCCGUGCAUUAGAACCGGCGCCUUGGUCACCCACACCUUGGAACGUCGUGCCUUUUAACAGCGGCAUCUGCUCGUCCCUCGAGCCAACGAGCUUGCAAGCCCAACCUCCUAUCGCAUCGCAAGACGCUACUACUACUACUACUACUCUUCUACCCAAUUCCCUUUUCUCGCAACUGCGCGACUCUCUCUUGGCUUUCCCCGGCCAGAUAUCACCCCCCUCAACCAACCCCUAGAGAAUGACAACGACUAGACGCAUCAUUGGGACAGACACGUGCAUAAUAUGAACACUUCCCACGACGAACCGUCGUCUUCACACGGCAAAGGCCAUGAUCUCACCCGCCUCAACACCGAGGAGCAGACCGCGCGCGAUAUCGCGGAUCUAGCUGCCCUCGGCCACUCCGAAACCCUCUCCCGCAAGUUCAACAAAUGGAGCAUGCUCUCGCUUGCCUUUUGCGUCCUCGGCACCUGGACAACAAACAGUCAAUCCUUUGCCACCGGCCUCAACAAUGGCGGCCCUCUCACUAUCCUCUGGGGCCUUGCUCUCGUCUUGGUAUGCAACCUCUGCGUGGCUUUCUCUCUUGGCGAGCUCACUAGCUCCAUGCCCACAGCUCUCGGCCAGGCCUACUGGAUCAUCCGCAUCUGGGACUCUAAGUGGUCGCGCUUCGUGUCGUACAUGUGCGCCUGGAUCAACACGUUUGGCUGGUGGACCCUGACGGCCUCCCAAAACGCCUUCAUGACCGAUUUUCUUCUUGAGAUGAAGGUCAUGUUUGAUCCCGACUGGGACGGCGUCAACAAGGGCUGGGUCAAAUUCCUCAUCUACAUUGGCAUCACGGUGGCCUUUACAGCCUUCAACCACGUGGCGUGCCGCGAUGACCGCAUUCUCCCCUGGUUCAACAACUUUGUUGCCGUCGGAUUUGUGGCUCUCUUUGUCGCCAUGUCCCUGGCACUACCUAUUGCUGUUGGCACCCGCGACGGUAAGCACUUCCAGACCCCCCAGUUUGUCUUUGGUGGCUGGAUCAACAACACGGGUUGGCCUAACGGCGUUGCCUUUUUGCUUGGUCUCGCCCAAUCUGCAUACGGUCUGACCGCCUUCGACUCCGUCAUCCACAUGGUGGAGGAGAUUCCUGCCCCGAGAAAGAAUGUCCCCCUUGUCAUGAACCUGUCCAUCAUCUGCGGUGCCGUCUCGGGCUGGCUCUUCAUGGUCGUCUGCCUCUUCUGCAUCCAAGACGUUGACGAGCUGACCAACUCCGACUCCAAUGUCCCCUGGGUCCAGCUUGUUCAGGACGCCGUUGGCCUGGAAGGUGCCGCGGUCUUCAUCUCGCUCUUCAUCUUCAACGGCUUCGGCCAGGGCAUCAGUAUCCUAACGUCUUCGUCUCGCUUGACCUGGAGUUUUGCCCGUGACGGCGGCAUGCCCUUCUUCAACUACUUCUCCUUCGUUGACAAGGGUUGGAAUGUCCCCGUCCGCGCCUUGUGGCUUCAGGCAGGCAUCGUUUCCAUUGUUGGCGUCUUGUACCUCUUCUCGUCUACUGUCCUGUCUGCUAUCUUCAGUGUUAGCACCAUUGCCUUGACCAUUUCAUAUGCCAUGCCCAUCACUGUCGUUUUUCUUCAGGGUACAAGCUGCCUCCCGCCUGGCGGCGAAUUCAGCAUGGGCCGCUGGGCCCCCGUUGUCAACAUUGUUGCUCUUGCAUACUGCGCUGUUACCACUGUCUUCUUCUUCUUCCCUGGCUCUCCCGAUCCCAGCACAGAAGACAUGAACUAUGCUAUUGCUGUCUUUGGUGUCAUGAUUGUCAUUUCCCUCAUCUUCUGGUUUACCAAGGGUAACAAGUCCUACAUGCAAGACGAGCACAUGGCACAGAUUCUCUAUGCGGAUGCUACCCACUCUGACACUCAGGAGCCGCUUGACCCCGUUACUCCAGAAAAUGGCAAAGUCGGCGUAGUCUAAGGAAUACAAGUCUACAUUUUUGUUUAACCUUGCAUAUGUUGAUGUACCAAUGCUACGAUAUCAAGGACCUUAGCCUAGUAUAUACGUUACAUAUGAUUGAAUACUACAUGUAAAACUGAUCUCGAGUAUUUGAAUAAUCUACAUCUAUUUGCCUUCGC